AUGGAGGACAGAAGUGUUGAUGACACUCCGGUGUCUCAGAGGCUCACUAACGAUGACUUCAGGAAGUUGUUGAUGACUCCUCGCUCCACUCCGUCUGGUGGUAGUCGGGGAGAUGGAUCAAUUCGGGAAGCCAUGGCUAAUGCUGGCACCAUGCCUCCACCGGUGGAAAACAAGAGUGAAUUAAGACGUAAAAAGAAAUCCUAUUACGCCGCACUCAAGAAGCAGGAAGACAAUAAGCUUGCCGAGCUGGCAGAGAAAUAUAGGGAUCGUGCAAGGGAAAGACGUGAUGGUGUCAACGAUUUAGCCGUUGACCCUACAAGCAAUACAAGCAGUGCUUACAGGGCAGUAGCACCAGAUGCUAAGUCAGGAAUGGAUGCAAAGGAACGGCGGCGACAAAUGAUUCAGGAAUCUAAAUAUCUUGGUGGUGAUAUGGAGCAUACUCACUUGGUGAAGGGUCUUGAUUAUGCUCUGCUGCAGAAGGUCCGCUCUGAAAUCCAAACUCGGGAAACUGAACAAGAAUUGGAAAUGGAACGUCUUGUAUCAGCUCCCAUAGAAGCUAUACCAGAGAAGAAAGAAGUGUUGCCAGUGGAAGAGGAAAUACAGUUCGAAAAUCCGAUGGCUAGAAACAUUUACAAUCUCAUUAUGGAGCAGAAGAACAAGAAGAUUACUCGCAACGAACUGUUCGCUCCGGGUCGUAUGGCUUAUGUUGUUGAAUUGGAUGACGAGGGGACCAUAGACAGCGAUAUACCGACUACCCUCACGAGGAGCAAGGCGGAUGUACCGGAAAUGGAUGAACGGACAUCAGCUUCCGCUUCCAACGACGUGGUUAUUGAGAAACUGUCACAGAUAUUCUCAUAUUUGAGACACGGCCGACACAGGAAGCUUAAAAAGACGAAGGACAAAAAUACAGAGAAGGGUCGCAAUGAUGAUUCCAUAUAUGGCGAUAUUGGGGAUUAUGUGGCAGGUGACAGGCGAAGUGAUAGACGUGAUGAACGACCGAGGACCGGAUACUUUGAUAAACCACUGGAGACGGAGAAGGAAGAAGGGCCGUUAGUAGGUCGUCGUACGGAGAAAGACCGUCGCUCGGCGGCGCUCCUCUCUCGGCUGGCAGCGGAGCCCGAGGGCUACGCCGAGUGUUACCCAGGGCUGAGGGAAAUGGAUGACGCUAUUGACGAUUCAGACGACGAAGUCGACUACACUAAAAUGGACGCCGGAAAUAAGAAAGGACCUAUCGGUCGUUGGGAUUUCGACACUCAAGAGGAGUAUUCUGACUACAUGAGUAGCAAAGAAGCACUACCAAAGGCUGCUUUCCAAUAUGGCGUCAAAACACAAGAUGGCCGUAAGACGAGGAAAACCAAGGACAAAAGCGAAAAGGCAGAACUCGACAGAGAAUGGCAACAGAUACAAAAUAUUAUACAGAAGCGUAAAGCACCACAAUAUCCAGGGGAUGAGAGUAACUUUAAAACACCUAGAUAUUAA